CCGGAUGCAGCCAGGGGCGCAUGAGCCCGUCCCGGGCAAUGGUCAGAAAACCACCUCCCGACACCCCCCCUGCGCCCCCCUGUCCCUGGCGGGCGGGGCGCGGUGGCGAGUCGGCCUGCAGUGGCUCCUCCCUAGGGCAGGUGGCGCGCUGCCGCAGCGACGGGCGCCUCCAUUCCCGGCCCCCGGCCGGCUGCAUGGAAGGGCUGGGAGCUGCAGCCGCCCGCUGCCUGCGCCGGUCCCCCCUGGCGAGCAUGGGCGCAGCGCGCCGGGCCUGAGCGGGGAGCCCCGGCCGCGGCCGGCAUGCAGGGCCCCGCCAGAUGCUCCUUCUUCAAGGCGCUGCUGUGGGCGCUGGCGCUGGUGGCCCUGCUGCAGCUGCUCUACCUGUCCCUGCUCUCGGGGCUCCACGGCCGCCAGCAGCGCUCCCGCUACUCGGAGCUGUUCGGGGGGCGCCGGGGCGAGGCGCCCGGCCGGCCCAGCGAGCAGCAGAAGGAGCAGCUGAAGCGCGCCCUGGCCAGCGGCGGGCGGCUGGAUGCCAGCGGCCAGUACCGGAUCUACACGGACAUGCUGGGGCCCCCGGAGCGGGCGGGGCGGGCGCCCGACCUGGUGCUCGCCACCCACACCAGCCUGAGCAACCUGCACCAGCUGCAGGAGCUGGUGGGGCGCUGGCAGGGCCCGGUCUCCGUGGCGCUUUUUGCGCCGGGCCCCGCCGAGGUGCGGCUGGCCACGCUGAUGCUCUACGCCUUGGGGGCGCUGUGCGGGCCAGUGCGACAGCUGGUGAGUGCCCACCUGGUGUGCCACUCGGGGGACCUGGCCUCCUUCCCCGAGCUAGAGGACCGGGCGGAGUUUGCCCGGCUCAAGGCCUGUGGGGAUGUCUUCGCCAAGCUGGCACGGGCUGGGGCGGGCCGGCGUAAUUAUGCCCUGGGCGCCAACGCUUCGUACCCCAACAACCUGCUGCGCAAUGUGGCACGGGGGGCAGCCACUGGGCACUACACGCUCGUGCUGGACGUGGACAUGCUGCCCAGCGAGGGGCUGCGUGAGGCCUUCCUGGCACUAACUGCAACCUUGGGUGCUGAGGGGCCACCAGGCGUCUUCGUGGUGCCCGCCUUUGAGAUCCGGCACACCCGGCGCCUCCCAGGUGCCAAGGCCGAGCUGCUGCAGCUGUAUCAGGUGGGGGAGAUCCGGCCGUUCUACGAGGAGCUCUGCCCACGCUGCCAGGCCCCCACCAACUACUCACGCUGGCUGAACCUGCCUCCAGGCAGUUCCCUGAAUAUUGCCUACACCGUGGAGUGGAGGGACCCCUGGGAGCCCUUCUACAUCAGUGCCAACUCUGUGCCACCCUAUGAUGAAAGAUUCAAGCAGUAUGGGUUCAACCGCAUCAGCCAGGCAUGUGAGCUCCAUGUGGCCGGAUACAGUUUCUCAGUGCUGAACAAUGCUUUCCUGGUGCACAAGGGCUUCAAGGUGCCGAGUGAGUUCCAUGCACAGAAGGAUGCCGAGAAUCAGCGCAACAAGAUGCUCUUCCGCCAGUUCAAGCAGGAGCUGAAGCUGAAGUAUCCUGGCUCACCACGCCGGUGCUGAUGGUCCUGCCGUCUCCGGCACAGCUCCUCAGACCUGCCUUCCCCAUGACCCUUCAUCUGUAGCUUUGGUGUCAGUGUUUUGGGGGGGCCCUGCCCAAUCUGGGCUUGGAAUGCCCCCUCCUUUCCAUUGAGUCAUUAAUCUCCACAUCGGACAGAGGUUUAUAGUUGGGGGGAAUCUUUCCAGCCACAUCACACUGGAUCCUUCACCUGCCCCAACCUGUUGCUGGGGCCAUGGAGUCCUGUAUCCCCAUCCCCCAAAAUACUUCAGCAUUCUCCUCCCCCACUUUCCUAUUGAACAGCAGGCUGUCAGAACAGAGGACCUCCCCCCGGCCUAUUGCCUGUCUGGGCAGAGGACAGCUGUUUCCUCCCUCCGCAGCUCCCUUGUUAUGAUUCUUUCCCUCCUUGAGCAGGGAGAAAGAGGCUGUUCUGGACUCAGCAGCCCCCUCUCCCUUUUUGUAGGUGGUUAUGGGGUGGAAGCUAGUAUAGGGAUUAGAGAAGGGGGUGGGGAGUCAGGACUUGUGGGAUCUUUCCCUAGCUCAGAGAGGAGAGUCUAAGGGUUAAAGAAUGAGGGGCUGAAAUUCGGGACUCCUGGGUUCUGUUCCCAGUUUUGUCACUGAUUCUAUUUGCCCUCCACCAAGUCCCCUCCCCUUUCUGCACCUCAUUUUUCCCCUUUGUAAAAUGGGAAUUAACGCAGUGACCUACCUCCUGAGGGCAGGGAGCAUGAGGCUUAAUUUAUGAAGAUGCUCAAUGCUGCUUGGAUGGGACUGGCAGAGUGCUCUUACCCCACUGUAGGAAAUGGCCUGGCAUUCAGUCCCCCUGAGUGCGAACCUUGGGUUAGAACAAUAAAGUACUGUGGAGGCCAGGGGCGUCUCCUCA